AUGUCCAGUCGGAGGAAGUCGUCCACUCCCUGCAUGAUUCGAGUAGGUGACGCGUUGGCAGAGGACGAUGUUGCGGCCGGCGACGUGGCCAAAAACGUGUCCUUGCAUCCGCAGCACCUGUUGGAGGAGGACUGGGUCUUGAUGAGGAAGGAUGAAGAGAGCGUUAGCGGCGAGGAGACGGGGAAAGAGAGGGAGGAGGAGGAAGAGACCGAUGCCAAAGCUUCACAGAAACAGCAGAGUGGAGGGUAUGAGUGCAAGUACUGCCCCUUCUCCACUCAGAACCUCAGUGACUUCAAAGAGCAUGUGGACGGCACCCAUCCCAAUGUCAUACUCAACCCCCUCUACCUGUGCACAAUCUGCAACUUCAGCACCAAGAAGUUUGACUCCCUCUCCGAUCACAACGAGACAGUCCAUCCAGGAGAGAACAAUUUCAAAUUCAAGAGGCUUAAACUCAACAACCAGACAGUCUUAGAGCAGACAAUCGAAGGCACAGACGGUUCAACUCAAGAGCCACAGGACACUGAGGACACACAAGGCGGGGAAGGGUUUGAUUCUUUCCCAUCACAUAACUCAGCUACAGGAAUUACAGACAACUUGCUAGCAGACAUCCCACUGCUCCUUGGCAACUGCACAGAGAACCAGUUAGAGAACCAGUUAGAAAACAUCCUGCCAAAGGAUCAGAUCACAGCUGUCAACGUAAAUGGGACUAUCAUUAUCCCCGAUCCCACAAUGUUACAAGGGCUUUCUCACGUCUCUCCUCUGCUGCAGCGGCCGCCCAAUUUCAACUCUGUUCCAAAAAUUGCUGUUCCUCUCAAUACCACCAAAUACAAUCCUCUACUGGACAAUAAUGCUACGCUCAUCGCAUCCUUCAACAAGUUCCCGUACCCGACUCAUGCAGAGCUGUCCUGGCUGACCGCUGUGUCGAAGCACCCUGAGGAGCAGAUCAAAGUGUGGUUCACCACCCAGAGGCUGAAACAGGGCAUCACCUGGUCACCUGAGGAGGUGGAGGAAGCACGCAAAAAGAUGUUCAAUGGCUCUAUCCCACCCACUCACCAGACGUACACCGUUCUGCCUGUUCCUGUUAGCCAGCCAGACAAAGCCAGCCAGCCUUCAGCUCAGAAGGUUUUCUCCCACGUCACUGGGCAGUCCAGACUUGUCUCAGCAACCAGCAGUAAUGGUCUGACUGUGACUUGUACCACUGUUACUGUGACAACAGCCAAUCAAGCACAGGCUCUAAAACGGUCUUUAAUGAGCUCCUCUACCAUCCAGGAGGUGAAGCGUCCCAUGGUACCCCAAACAGAUGGCCCCAAGGAGAAGCUUCGCAUGGCACCACCUCCUGUUCCUUCUCUGGACAGAUUACCCAUGCCUCCACCUCCAGUGCCUCCAGAGAUUAAGCGAACCAUGGCACCAUCUUUAGUUGCUCCAGAAGUGAAGAGGCCCAUUGUAGCACCUAUGGGAACCUCCAAAGGAAAAUUGCCAAUGGCGUUCCCUAUUGUAACCCCCAAAGACAAGUUACCCAUGGUAGCCCCUCCACUGCUGCCCAAAGAUAGGCUCUCUAUGACACCCAUCGUCUCCUCAGACCUGAAACGGCCUUUAGCCGCCUCUGAAAUCAGGAGUCUCAUUCCAGCCGCUCCGUCAGCUCCUAAAGACAAGUUGUCCCUGUCACAGUCCCUGCUGGCCCCGGACCUAAAGUUACCAAUGGCUCCACCUCUCGUCCCACCUCAGAUGAAAAGGCCGAGCAUCAUUCACACUGCAUGGGCUCCAUCCAAGGUUCCUUCCUUUCUUCCCACUCUGCCUUUGCAGUGUAAGGCGUCCAAGGAGCCAGCAGAGCAGAAACCUGUCAGCAUUGAGUGCAGGCUUUCAGAGAGUCACAAUGCCAAUGGAGUCCCCCGUGGGGACGUUAAAAAUCUGUCUACUGAUCAGAGCACACCUUCUCGUAAUGGCUCGAAUCGCUCAAACAAUGACGUUGCUCCAAAGGAGCGUCCGAAAACAGUCCCCACUCAGUUUCCUCUCCUUGAGAGGGUGAAGGGGAAGACAACAGAACAGCUGAAAAUUUUAGAAGAGAGCUUUCAAAGGCACAGUUUUCCGACUUACAGUGAGGUUGACCAGCUAGUGGCUGCGACCAGACUUUCAAGAGAGGAAAUCGACAGUUGGUUUAUCGAACGUCGUGCACUUCGCGACAAUCUCGAACAAGCCCUUCUGAACUCCAUGGGUUCCAAGAAGAUGGACUCUGUCACCGAGAAGCGUCAUCAGCACUCACAGCAUCAGCAUGGCAUACUAAACGGAGUUCACAAGCCUGGAGCCCUUCCCAUGAACAUCCUCUGUCCAAUUGUUGCCCCCUCCUCUCCUGUACCUUUGGACAUCAAAACUCUGAACCUGCUCAAAGAGGUUUUUGUCCGAACUCGAUGGCCUUCGCCUGAAGAAUACAACCAACUGGAGAUGCAGACAGGUUUGGCUCGCACAGACCUUGUCCGCUGGUUCAAAGACAGCCGUCUGGCCCUCAGGAGCGGUGCUCUGGAGUGGAAGGAGCUGUUCCACAAGCUGAGUGGCAGUGGGCAGAACGGCCACGGAGAGGCUGUGAGCUCUGAGCAAAGUGGCACCACACACAGCUGCCAGGAGAGGAAGGAGGGCAGAAUGGAGGAUACAGGUAGGCUGAGGGAAAACGCCAAACCGAGCAGCCAAGAGAUCAAAGACUGGUUUACCAGCACACUGAACCAGAACAUGAUGGACGUGGGGCAGAACGGCGAAGGGAGAAAGGAUUGUGGGAACUGGUUGAAAGACACUGUGAGGUCACAGGAGCUGGUCUCAGACACUGAUUAG